AUGGAACAAAUACCCAUGGAAAAGAAGAAAGAUGACACUCGUCGGUUCUACUGUCGUUUCUCGGGCUGCACCUCCAGCUACUGGCAUAAGGAGCACCUAAAUCGCCAUGAGAAACAACAUAUACAGACCGAAACAUAUCCGUGUUACUUUUGUACUCGGAAAUUCGGUCGAAAUGACACUCUUCGUCGACAUAUCAGGCUAAAUCACCCCUCAGAGGAACCGCUUGAUCGUGCCCGACGAGCAUGUAGGCACUGUCGGGAUAAGAAGAUUAGGUGUCACGGAGGGCAACCGUGUCAAGAAUGUUGGCGCCGGAGUCUCUCAUGUGUCUUUGACGACGAAGUCAACGUGAUUGAGGAUAACUCGCAUGGCGACCAAAUCCAAACAGACCUAAUGCCACAAUCACCGAAAUUAUGUCACAUUUCCUCUGACAUACAACAACAGAGUAUCGACUCAUAUUUCAGCCUUAUUCACCCUCACUGGCCAAUCAUACACCGUGCCUCCUUCAAAAUUCGUCCCGAAGAGCCUAUAUUGGUUUAUGCUAUGACUGCUCUUGGUUUAUUAACCAAUGCGAGGUCCGAGGCAACAGAGCUCCAUGAGUAUCUUGGCCAUAAUCUUCGCAAACAAGAGAUCAAGUGGAAUGCCUCGAUGGUAGAUGAAAUGUGCAGUUCUCAUGCAUGGCCAAUGUCUACGUAUCAGGCAAUCCUACUGCACAUACUCUUCUCUCUAAUAGAGAAUAACCGAGCCUCACUCGGCCAAGAUUCGAAGCAGUCUCUUCCAUCUUCAUCCCUAGGACUACUCGAGUCUCUCGUCCGAAGCUGUAGCAAGCUAGGCAUGUUACACUACCCGAACAUCCCAGUUCGUUAUGAACAGACUGGCUCGCCUUUAUUUGCCUGGAUAUGUAUCGAAGAAAUCAAGCGGUUCAACAUUGCCCUUUCAAACAUGUGUAAGAUUGUGGGCCUUGGUCACUAUGAUAAAAUAUUUGCUGGUUACCGGACGUCACUGCCGCGUGAUGGGAAAUCUCAAAUUCAAUCGUUAAAAAUUGACCACUUGUGGCAUACAAUGGCCCGCGGGGACUGGGUCACGACUCUGAACGAGUCCAGUGGGGAUUUGCUUGCUAGUUAA